CAACAGAGAUUUCCGUUUUUAAAGCUGCGCAUUACAUUUUCCACCACCUCUGCCUUGUAUCACCUUAGCAAUACUUUGAAAAGUAAAGAAACUCACUCAUGUCAAGACCGCUUCCAUUAUCACCACAAAGUCCAGAAUUCAAAGGGAUCUCGGCUUUGAAUAUCAUUUACGAGGCUGGCCUCGAUAAAGAAAGUCGACCCAUUCUGGUGCUUUCAGCUUGUAACUUACCGAAUCCUGAUACCAUCAACUAUGACUUAAUAUUAGCGUUUAUCUUGGCAAGACUUGAUGAAUUUGUUGAGAAUGAUUAUGUGCUUGUCUUUUUCUCUUCUCCGGCGCAGUACCGACCGCCAUGGAUGUGGCUUUUAAAAGCCUACCGUGCCUUGGAUCGCAAGUACAAGAAGAAUUUGAAGGCCCUGUAUGUUUUACAUCUGAAUCGAACCUACCGCAUCAUUUUCGACCUUGCCAACAAAAUCACCAGUCCCAAGUUUGCCCGGAAACUACACUAUUUGUCUACAUUGCAAGAGAUGUUCGGCACUGUCACUCUGUCCAGCAAGUUUAUUCCCAAACAAGUGAUCGAUUUCGACACUAAUUUGCCUCCAAUGCAGCCUGCGAGUCGAUGGGGCUCGAGCCAGCAGCUUCCAAUCCCUACGGAUCCCAGGAAAAGACCAUUGCCGUCCCUUGCAUUUGGUGUGACUUUGGAAAAUUUGGCUCGUUUGGAGGAUAGUGAGCAGCAGGCUGCUUAUAUUCCCAAACUUGUCAAGCAGAUCGUCGAGCAUUUAAAAGCAAAUGGGUUGGAAAAGGAAGGGCUUUUCAGAAAAUCGCCAGCAAGUGACGAACUGCACAGAGUCAAGGAAACAUUUAAUCGAGGUGAUACCGUGGAUUUGACGCAGCAUGAUAUCAAUGUCUCCGCCUCAUUGCUUAAAGUGUUCUUCAAGGAAUUACCCGACCCUCUCAUUUCUCCGCAACUCUGCACAGAUACCGGCAAACUUCCAGAUGUGGAAGGAAUCUCGGAUGGUGAUAUCCAGCGUGUCAGGGAUAUUUUGAAGAAGGCAUACGAUGGGAAAUCCAAGGAAUACAACUUGUUGCGAUAUCUCUUUGCUUUUUUGAAUACGGUCGUUAGUAAAGCGGAUAAGAAUCGGAUGACAUCACAUAAUUUGGCUGUAGUCUUUACUCCCAACUUGAUCCGGGAUAGCACAACGCAACCUGCCAAUGUCCCCAUCCCUGCUACUCAACAGGAAGCGAUGGCAAAUGCUGCAUUGUAUAUGAAGCAAAUGAAUGAAGGAAUGGGUUUGGUGCAGCUGUUGAUUUCGCAUAAUGAGCGGAUCUUUGGAUAAUAAUUCGUAAAUUUGGCUUUCCACACUUUAACAUUUUACACUGAUCCAUUUUUCGCCUUCAUUUAUAUAUACUCACCUCUUCUUUCUCAACCAUGUUUAUGAAAUGCGUGUAUACUAUUAGUUUAUAUUAUCUCUUUUUUCUUUCAAAUAUAAAUAUAUCUGUAUAUCAUCAUCAUCAUUUGGAUCACCUACUAAGGCUUAUCAAGGAGGAAAGCAAAAUGCAAGCUUGAUAUCUCUGUCGCGUACAGGGCAAUGAGUGUUUUCUGAUUUGUUAGUGUAUUCCUAUAAGCUUCAUCAGCUUAUUUACAUUAUUGUAUAGUAUAGACAGCUAUUACGCUAGCCGAGAACCACGUAUGUGUGAAUAGCAAUUUGAGCUAAUGUGCAGGAUGGUAGAGAUCAUUGAAAGCGG